CAGCCUCGGGGCCCUAACGGCCAUCCUACCGGGGCCCUUCUCGCUAGUACUCUGUCCAUACGGCAUACUAUAGAAUGGCGAUCUACGGGGCCCCUAAAUCGGCGGGGCCCCAGGCGACCGCCUAGUCCGCCUACCGUUAGAUCCGCCACUGAUCAUGAAAGAGCUAGAUAUGGUUUCUGUGAGCAACAAUGACUCUUAAAACACAUAUUUAUACGUAUAUUUAACCCACUCUUCUUUCAAGACUUGUUUCUAUUAAUCUCUAUUUGUAAUAACGCAAUACCGAAUAAGCAGUCACAUAACCUUGAUCCAUUGAGAUAUUUGCAAUUUAAUAUCUAUCUAGACUCUUUCAGGUCGUUGUUACCAGUUGCGGUUCGGCUGGGUUGGUACCUGGAUGUUUAUACACAUGUUUUAUUUGGAUUUAUUUUUUGAAUUGUAGUAUUAAAAAUUUAAUUUUAAAAUUCUUUGUAUUGGUUCCAUUCAAAAUUCAAACUGAUUUUUUUCAAAUAUUUUUUACAAUAACAUGUUAUUUCUUUGUUCAGGCUUUCUACUAUCACCGCGCGGCUACAUGAGGUGAAAUAUACAGCGAAAUGAACUACUUGACAGGUGAAAUAUCUGACAGAUUCUGCUAAAGGGUUGGGGGAGACACAACGGCUGGUAUUAUUGAAUCCGUUCGUAGCGGGGACGUACGGCGCUCACAUGAAAUUCUAGGGAUGGCAACACAUUUCUUGCGCCCGGUCCUACAACGCCGCGGUAAAUAACUGUAGCAACGAUCUAGUACGUUAGGAAAAUGAGUGUCGGAACGUACGCCGCCGCUACGAACGGUUUCAAUAAUACCAGCCAACAUCUGCUUUCGAAAUUCACUUAAACAUAAUAUCUUCUUAAGCAGAACAUUCACUAAUUGGAAGAAAUUAUGAACUGUUGACUGAAAAUUGACGAAAUACUCAAUAAUGAAGUUAUUCAAUUUAGUUACGAUUUUGUGCACGUUAUUUGUUUACAUUGCACAUCAGCUGGUUGCUGUGAUGCUUAAUCCGUCAGAUAUUUCGCCUGUCAAAUAGCUCAUUUCGCUGUAUAUUUCACCUCAUGUAGCCUCGCGGUCAGUUCAAAUAAUUUGUAAAAACUCCCAUGAUCUUGCUAAAGUCGUACUUGUUUGUGUUUACAAAACUUUACCUAAUCAAACUUGUAAUACAAUAGAUCGUGUCGAACGAAGUUAAAGUUAUCUAUCUGCGCUGAAGGAUACGGUGAUUCAAUUCGAUCGCAGCCCCACAUGGGCAUAAGACACUGCCUGCGUGGCUGUAAACACCGAAGCACCAGCUUGACGCUGAACCGAAAACGGCUCGAAAGCUUGCUAGGCUGCGGCCAAGUGCGUACACAGCGCCUUAAUUGUGGCUGAUAAAUGCCGUGCACCGCGUGUUGCCGGAGGGCCAUAGGACGAGGCGCGCAGGCAGGGUCUGGCGGGUUGCGAGAUUACGCGUUGUACUCGUGCACUUAUUCAAACACAGCAUUUCGACGGUUGUUGUUGUUGCAGUAUGCACUUAUUCUCGGCUUCUUGGACGAAUUUGGAAAGUGUGCCGAAGGUUAGCCCAUUGUGGUUAGCGGCACACCACACUGCGAGCGAACUUGCUAAUCUAGUCUAAAUGUGUGGUGUGCGUGCGUUAUGCGCUAUUCUCCCUUCCCCUCGUAAGGGAUUCAAUGUCGAACGAGAAGCUCGCAGUAGCAGAAGCUCUAGAAUUGCCAACAAGGCAAUAUACCAAGGUGUGGAAAUUGAGCAACAAUCUAUUGAAUUGAUGUGGAUCGCGUACAGUGUUGCCUUUUGUUAGGGUUACACAGAUAACUAGCAGUAUGCCCAUUCAAAAAGGCUAAUAAAGUAGCAUAAUUAAUACUCGUUGGAUUUUGAUGGUGUCAUUGAAUGGAUGCGAAACAUUGUAUUAAAUUGUUUAUUACAUUGUACACUUAUACGAUAUUUUUACCAAUCAAUGGUUCCAUUACUCCAUUCCCUAACGUUAAACACGCAAUCAUCAUCAUCAUCAUCCUCUUCCACAUCGUUUAGUUUCGAUGAUGGAAAUUUCUUCAUUUCGUGACAUUAUACCUUUAAAGCUAAUCGAUACGUCCCUCAAUCGAUUCAGACUAUUAAUAGACUAUCUUUUCCCUUUGUUCGUUCGAUUGAUUGCUUUGUAAAAGAUAAAACUUAACAAAUAUUUUUGUGUGCUGUAGAAAAAAAAACUGUACUACAAAUCGAUCAUUUGUUCCUCAAAUGUUGCAAAGAAUUGUUUCCUAAAGAAAUAUAUUUCUCGCACAAAUUGGCGAGGUCAGUUGGCUUCUGGCCUACAUUCGGAAAUCAAAUAUGGGGGAAGUGUAAAUAUUUUGAUACAUGCAAUCGAUAAUAAUAGCGCUCCGGGCUGCGCUGCACAUAGUUGGACCGAAACAACAAUCCGAACACAGCUCGCGGCACAGAAUGUGUUUAACUUAUAAUUGAUGACUUAACAUUUUCUACUGUGCUAUUCUUUGACUGUUUUGCUUUGAAAUGAUAAAAAGAGAACUGCACGGAAUGUGUGUUCGAAUAAUUAAUUUUGAAAACGAUGGUGCAUGAUAUGGAUGGGGUUGGUGUUGGGGCACACGGCAAAAUUGGUGGAUACAAACAGUGGGCCAGCUGGUUUCGCGUCUUUGGAGCGUGAGUGCGAUCCUAGAUGGAACGAGAGAAUGAGCAAGAGAGGCUCCGUUUGUUAGCACCCGCCAGACAGGUGGUUUUAAUUGUUUAUUAUAAGGUUUUAUUCAAGGUGUAGUACAAGAAUGGGCACAGGGAGAGAUGUUUGGAGAACUUAAUUUCUCGCGAGUUGAAUUGCGAGAGUGCGAUUGUUUAUUUACAUCCCUUGCCGGUUUGCGUAUAGCUUGCUUGUUGUGGUGCAGCACGUGUUGAACGGUGCGUGUCUUCCAAUAGGGGUGGUGUUCUCUGCAAGUGUAUGUGCAUUCGCUCACACACGAGCGUAUUUUCUCAUUUUUCCGAGAGCGAGCGGUGCACUCUGAGUUUUGUCCGCAAAUAAGCUGAUGCGUGAACCCGUAGCCAGGGGCGAGCAACUGCUUGUUUUUUCAAAUAAAAUUUUAGCUCACACGUAUCACGUGUAGUGCUUAAUUAAAGUUAAUUAAUUUAAUUAAAGUUAAUGUAAAAUGGUUUAAAAUGUCGUGGAUAGAUUAAAGAAGUAUUAAAGUAAUUGGCUAAUACUUGUUUUAAUAUAACGUAAAUGGUUACUUAAAUUCGAUCGAGCAAUGUGCUCGCGCAUCAUUACUGCCAGCUGGCGCAACAUAAAAAGUGUAGAGAAACCAGAAUCAUGGACUGAUUGAAUUGUACUGCUCGAAAAGUCACAAUCGAUCGAUAUCUCAAAACCCCAUGAUAUUCCAAGUGGUGUGAUUUAAUAAUUUCGAAGAAAAGAAUAGCUUCUUUUCUAUAGUUUGACAUGAAAAACGUACAAAUAAGUGAAACAAUAAUUAAUAUUUUAGAGAUUAUAACUAACUUUAUUUAUUAACUUUUAUUUCCCGCUACAUUAAUUUAACCGCCACUCUAAACGCACCCGAACUACCCGCAAGCCGUCACCGAAGUCCCGCUUCUCUCCGCCAUCGCUUCUGUCUCCAUUCUCCGAUCUCUCUUCGCCGUUCAUGAUCUCUCUCUCCAAUCGAUCUGUGCCGAUCGCUCUCACUUCAUUAUCAGCACCCGAGUCGCAUUUACACGUUACGCGAAUCGUAGCGACCAAGGUCGCUGCAUAAGUUUAAUAUCAUAGAUACAAAGGGUCUAAUCGCUUGGCAAAAAAAAUCGGCGUCGACACUGAAAAUUUUGGAUCUUACUUCGGAAGGUAGGUCCGACUAGCAUUACAGGGUUUUCCCACGAUUUAUUGGUCGAUUCCCAUAAUUUUUUGGGCUCAUCACACGAUUUAUUCAUCGUGUCUUAUAGAUUGUUGGCUCGUUCCCAAAAUUUAUUGGUAUCGUUCGAUUGGAUAUCAAUACAAUUGGACCAACAAAUUCUGGGAAGUAACCAAUAAAUCGUGGGAACACACCAACAAUAUGGGAAACAAACAAAAAAUGAUGGGAACCAACCAAUAAAUUGUGGGAAUCUCUGUAUUUCGACCAAUUCUAAUCGUCCGGAAUCGUCAGUAAUCGGAUUCGCCUGGAAUCGAAAUCGUCUGGAGUCAGAGUCGUUCGGAGCCGAAAAAUGGCGGAGUUGCCCAGAACCGGAGUCGUCUGGAGUCAGAGUUGUUCGGAGUCGAAGUCGUUCGGAGUCGAACGGAGUCGGCAUGUUUAAAGCAAUGUUUUGAGCAUAUACUCAAAAACAUAGUUUUUCGGAGUGGCAUUGGAUUAUGAUGCCACACGUAUAGUUGAUAUAUCGGCAAGGCGCCGUCGGAUGUUGAGGUGGAAAUCAAAAUUUCACUUUCUGACAGCCAUUCGACAUUACGGCAGGAUAUCGCGGUUAAGAUUGCAAUUACUUAUUCCUACUUAUUCCUUCAUCUAGGUAUUUCUUAAGUAUCACAUAGAUUUCUAUUUGGAUGUUCUAUCUGCCACUCAAGAAUUCCUUCUCGAUCCUAAAAAUGUGUACAUAGUUUGCUCAACCCUGCCUCGAACCAACGAUCAAUGGAAGCAAAAGAGAACGAAUGCACACGUUUCCGAGCAGCCAAGGGCCAAGAGUCUCUCUCCGCUCUCGAACGUUUAAUCACUUCCACUUCAAAGCAAACGCAACAAGCGCUGGCUUGAAUUUGUUUGAGCGAAGAAAAAAAAUUAGUACCAAAGGAGAAACCACCGCGAGCGGGCACAGACGCUUAUUGUUGACGGUGUGUCAUCGGCGUUGUCAUCGCGUGCUAUUGUGCUGCGGGAAGUGCCGUCGUACGACGACGCAUUUCUUUUCCGCCUGUCAUUCCGUUCCGGUGCAAGCGUCGUCCGGUGGGGGCCGUACCGUUCCUUUUUCCCCGUGCCAAAGUUCCUGUGUAUUUCCGUGCUGCUGCAGCAAAUAGUGAUUCAGUUUUCCGCAAAUAUCAAUCGUUUUAUUUUCCGACAAGUGCAUCAGUGAUCAAAUCUGUGUUGUGCGUGUUGUGAUUUGGAAGAAGUAUUGUUUUGCUUUGCGGGUUUUAUGAGCAAUUUGCGAAGUGUUUGUGCAACGAGAUCCAAUUGGUCGACAAAAGCCACUUGCUGAAAAGAAUGACAAAGUACAAUAACAUAUAAAAAGGAAAAUUGUAUUCUCCAGGGUGUGUAUGUGUGUGUUUAUGUGUCGUCUCUGUCCAAGACAAGGUUGCUGCUCCAGUUCCGUGCACAGACGGUCCCAUCAUUCCAUCAGUUUCGUGUCACAAUCAUCAUUGCCAGGCGCAAAUAGCGAUGGAUACGUAUGUCAAAAAUCUGCUCAACGGUUGGAACAUGCCGGAACUGAUAAAAGUGUUUCAAGAGGAGGAAAUUGAUGAAGCUGCCUUCAAGUGCCUCAAGUACGAUAUGAUCAAGGAGAUAAUACCACGCAUCGGCAAGCGGGCCAAGUUCCUACAGCGGUACGAGGAGUACAAGGAGAACCUAACGGAACGGCCCGCCUUUGCGGAGCUGCAGCUGGACGAAAAGGAUCGAUUUUCACCAACGUCCCCGCAGAAACCUUCGCGCAUCGACUGGGGUCGGAUAGAGAAAGUCUGUGGCCCGGUACCUAUCUAUCUGAAGAAUCUGCUAAAGAUGUGCGGUUAUGAGGCGGAAAGUAGUCUGCGAAAUUUGAAUGACGAUGACUUCAUUGAUAUGGAGCGUUUCGCUCGGGAAGAGCUGAUCCACCUGGUACCGGCGACACAGUUCUACUUCCACAUCUUCUGCAGUGAUCCGGCACGCGAGUUUCGGCUCGUUCCUGGCCACCGUAAGCUGCUGCUGCAGAUAAGCGCGUAUCUCAACUACACCAAGGUGGCUAGUGAAAUACAACGGCCAGAACCGGCGCUCCGUCUACCCGCCGACCUGACGAUACAGCGUGAGCGUGAGCGCGAACAUCGGCUACUUUUAGCUCAGCAGCAACAUCAGCAGCAGCAACAGCAUCAGAAAGAACAACAGCACCAGCAGAAAGAGCACCAGCAGCAAAAGGAGCAGCAGCAACUUUUGCAGCAACAGCAGCAGCUGCUGCAAGAAGUCGUCCGAAUGCAUCAGCAACCGCUGACAGAGAUACAAGAGCAGAUGCUGUCCGAGAUGAAAAUGUCGCACAAAAACUCACCACUCGCAUUCGAGCAGGCAACCGUGUUCCCUCCGCUCAGCGACGAGGAGCGCAUCAAGAAGAUUCAGGGCUGCAUUGUCAAGCUGAUCGACAUGUGGAGCGAAAAGCAACCCAUUAAGCUGCAGAUCACGGAGGAAAUGAUCAACGUGACCUACGAGACCAACGGCUACAACGCAUUCAUUAAGUGUCCCAUGUGCGCGGUGCAGAUAAAGGUGUCGAAGCUGCCAACGAAGAAGGGCGAUCGGUUUGUGAUCUCCAACUUCUCGAAGCAUAUCAUCAAGAUGCAUUUUUCUCAGCUUAGUGACGGGGCUGGAGGGGGUGGGGGAGGCGUAGGCGGAAAUGGUGUCGGUGGGCAUGCGGGAUCGGUUGGCUCGGAGCGACAUCUAAGCAUGGAUAAUGUGUCUUCCUACUAUGGAGGGGAGAAUUCGGACAGCAACACGUACCCGUACGAUGACUAUGGGUCGGGUAAACGGCCAAAGCUGGACGAGGACGAUGAUGAGAUGGAUCCGGUGCCACCACAUUUGCUGCAUCCGUAUGUGAGCAUUAAGGACGAAAUUAUCGAUCUGGACGCGUAGCAGCUUGUGCCGAGGUACGGUUGUACUUUGUCGUCCCUAAAUCGCACGAGAACGGUUGCUCGUGUCGAAAGCGAAAAAAGACGUUGAGCGUAAAGAUGAGACAUAUGAACGAUAGCGCUUAAGCCAAUUUUUCCAUUCCUCAAUCAAACCAAAUAGCCUCUCUUAGCUUGUUGACUCUCAUAGAAUAACUGCAUUAUUUCUUAGAAUAAGUUAGGCUGUUAGAUUUUAAACAACACAAAGGUUUAACUUGCCGUGAAUUGUUUCGCAAUGAUGGUUACGAUUAAACCAAAAUAACUGUUUUAUUUACUAGCAAUUAUUUGGUGGAACUGUUUGCAGUCAAGCUAGGACGAAGUGGCAUGAGAAAAGACUUAAUUUUGGAACCGUAAUGGCUGAUAUGAAGUGAAUUUACCGUUUUACACGGGAUAGCUAGCGAACGUCGUAGGUAGGUUGAUAGGAAAUGGUGUAAAUAAGAGAUGAGUUAAAUUAUACUAGUGUAAAAUCGAUUAAAUUGUAGUCACUUCGAUUUGGCAUCCUGAUUCGUUCGCUUUUUAUUCUGUUCUAAUGGCAGCUGUCAAAAAUAACCUAAUGCUAAUAUACACGUACCGUGACAUCAAGUAGCGUUUACACGUAUAUACAUUUUCCAAACUUUUACAACUCGGCCUAUCCUGACAAAUAAAUUGUCCUCAAUUCGUUAAACAUU